UUGAGAGGAGAAAGGGAGAAGAGUGAGACAGAAGAAAAGUACUUUCUGUAAGAGUAGAGGAAAAGAAGGAGAGAUGCCUGCUGCCCUUCUCAGACCCAGAGUGGCCCUGGCCCAGACCAACCUGAUCAGCACGCUGCUGUUGUCUCUCUGUCUCCACACCGGCUCCGUCACUGGAGGCAUAAUGAAGGCUGAUGAGACCCAGAAUGGUGGCGGGGACACCAUCAGCCACUCCCUGGCCCUGGUGCAGCAUCUGGAGGCCCUGCUGGCUCAGGGGAAUGGCAGUGAUGUGGCCCUCAGGGUGCAGACAGUGGGAGCAGAGCAGGUAAAGGUGAUCCAGGCCCACUCCCUGAUGCUGUCCCUGCAGAGCCCUGUGUUCGAGGAACUGCUGCUCAGCCGUAACGGCACCACCCUGGUCCUCCUGGAGACCGCUGAGUGUGCUGCCGUCUUCGACAAGUUCAUCAGGUACCUGUAUUGUGGAGAGAUCUCCCUGUGUCUGGAGCAGGCCACCUCUCUACACAAGCUGGCCACUAAGUACCGCGUCCAGGGCCUUCAGCAGGGGGUCACCCAGUACAUGACCCAGAACCUGGCCAGCAACUCCCCUUCUGGACACGUGGUGGAAUGGUACCAGUACGCCCUGCAGACUGGAGACGUGGCCCUGCGGGACAGCUGUCUGCAGUACCUGUCCUGGAACCUGUCCUCUGUGCUGCAGAGUGGGGAGUGGACGCAUGUCAGCAACGACCUGCUCAUGACCCUGCUGCAGAGCUCAGACCUCAUCCUGCAGAGUGAAAUGGAGCUCUUCGCGGCACUGGAGGCCUGGAUCAACCAGAAUGAACCGGAUGCUCUAACGGCCGAGAACGCUCUGAGAGCCGUCCGUUAUGCCAUGAUGCCCCCUCUGGAGCUCUUUCGCCUGCAGACCCAGUCUCCUGUUCUGGCCCGCUACCAGGAGUCGGUCCGGGACCUCCUCUACCAGUCCUACCAGUUCCACUCCUCCUCCCCACUCCACAUGGCCAAGUACUUUGACGUGAACUGCAGUCUCUUCAUGCCCAGGAACUACCUCUCCCCUGCCUGGGGGAGUCCUUGGGUCAUUAACAACCCCAUGAGGGACGACCGCAGCACCAGCUUCCAGACGCAGCUGGGCCCCAGCGGCCAUGAUGCCAACAAGAGGGUGACCUGGAACUCCCUGUUCUCGCCCCGUUGGUUGCCCCUCAGCAUGAGGCCAAUGUACUCCGAACAAGGUUCCACACAGCCGACACGUGUUGACGGAGGCCGCCUGCGCAUCAUUAUUACUCCUGCUACGUCGAGUGCAGAGUUUGCCGGGGUGAGCUUCCAGAAGACGGUGGUGGUGAUGACGAGGAAGCAGGGAAAGAUGGUGGUGAGACAUGUUUAUAAUUUCCACCAGAGCACAGAGGAGACUGGUGACUUCCUAGUGGAAGCCGAUCUGCACCGUAAGACAUCUGAGUACCUGGUCGAUGGUUCCCUCCAUCUGCACAUCGUGGUGAAGCCGCUCUACCAGACCCUCAUAGCUACAAAGAAAUGACCACCUCCACUCUUUCUAUGCGUCCCAAUUCUCUAUCCUUCUGCUCUGAGUGUGCACUUGUUCACUUCCCUUCAGGUCACUUGUUCACUUCCCUUCAGGUCACUUGUUCACUUCCCUUCAGGUCAC